AUGGCUAAGCUCGCCGAGCAAGCCGAGCGUUAUGACGAAAUGGUCCAGUUCACCAAGGAAGUGGCCAAGAUGGGCAAUGAACUUAGUGUUGAAGAACGUAACCUCUUGUCUGUUGCCUACAAGAACGUUAUUGGUUCUCGUCGUGCUUCCUGGAGAAUUGUCUCUUCUAUUGAACAAAAGGAAGAAAGUAAGGGUAACACCGAGCAAGUCAGCAAGAUCAAAGCUUACCGCCAAAAGAUUGAGAAUGAACUCAGAGAUGUCUGUAACGAUAUCUUGUCUGUCUUGAACGAAAACUUGAUUCCCGUUGCUCAAGGUGGCGAAUCCAAGGUCUUUUACUACAAGAUGAAGGGUGACUACUACCGUUACCUUGCUGAAUUCUUGACAGGUGAAGCCCGCAAAGAAGCUGCUACUGAAGCCCAUGAAGCCUACAAGAGUGCUACUGAUAUCGCGCAAACUGAAUUAGCACCCACUCAACCUAUCCGCUUAGGUUUGGCUUUGAACUUCUCUGUCUUUUACUAUGAAAUUCUCAACUCUCCCGACCGUGCCUGUCACUUGGCCAAGCAAGCUUUUGAUGAUGCCAUUGCAGAACUUGAUACCCUCUCGGAAGAAUCAUACAAGGACUCUACUCUUAUCAUGCAAUUGUUAAGAGACAACUUAACAUUAUGGACUUCUGACUUACAAGACGAAUCUGAUAAGCCUGAAGCCAAGGCUGAGGAGCCCGAAGAAUCAAAGUAA